UCAAUACUGUUAUCGUUGGCGAGUUAUGCGAGAUCUUAAGUACCGACAAAUCUGUUCAGCGUAAUUUAAUCGGUUAUUGUGUGUGAGUCGAUGUAACAUUAAAUCAAUCUGAAAUAUUAUUCAAUACCUUGCAAAAAAAUUUAAAUUUUGUCUACCGUGUCAUCAGAUGAAUGUAUCUUUUCUAUCAGCUGUUACCGACACUGAUAUUUAUUGAUCCAGGCUAUCAAAAUAAUUAUACAUUUCACCAGCUCGCGUAACACGGGCGGGGGUACUCAGCGCAUAGGUUGACUCGCGUGAGCAUUUCCGUUGUCUCGCGUGCCGCUACAGUCGUCGACUAUAAAAUCGCGCGCGUGCGGGGAGUCCCAGCACGUGCCGUUGCAUACUAACAACCAUUAGACCCUCUAUUCUGCUGUUGCCCUAAAAUCACGUGAGGUAAUGACUCCCCGAACAAUCCAAUGACUUGAAAUACAGCACGUGCAUCAAACGUGGCAAACUGUGUUCUAAGAAAGCGCGGAAGUAAAGAAGAUUGCUUUUUCGUGUAGAAACUCCGUCAAAAUCUCGAGAUAACACUUUAUCCUCAUUACGCAGAAUUUUUACAGAAGGAAAACCAUCUUAUUUCCAAAGGUGACAGAGAAGAUUCAGCAAUGGAAAAAAUAUGCAAAAAGAUACAGGUUGCAGAGCAGACUUCACAUAAAGUAAUCGAAAAAAGACGUCGGGACAGAAUCAAUUCAUGUUUAUCCGAACUCAGCCAAGCAGUCCCGGCAGCUUUUUCUAAACAAACGUCUGGGAAACUUGAAAAAGCAGAAAUAUUAGAAAUGACAGUUGAUUAUUUGCGUGCAAUUCAAGCAACAGAAAUUGGUCUGCGCUUCGAAAAUAGUGAAUGGUUUUCUUCGGACAUUUGGGCUGAUUUUAUGCAUCAUUACCAAGUGGGCUACAACGACUGCAUCCGGGAGAUUCAACGGUUCAUGACAGACGUGGAAGGUUUAAAUGCAACGGAUGACAGAUGUGUUCGCUUGGUAUCGUACCUUCAAACACGUUUUCGGCCGGAAUCGUCCGUGGCUGGUGGAGCAGCCUACAGAGACUUAUUGCAGCGUUUAAUGACUUCUACGCAGUCCAGGCGCAAUAUGUACUUGAGCAACUCUACGUCACCAGCAGGAUUUACUUCAUUCUUUUCUCCGGGAACUAGACGAUUUUCGCCUUAUAUAUACCCCAAAACUGUCUGUCCUGUUUCUCCACAAGAAAGCCAGACGACGGGGGCAUUCCCUUUGCAUGCUACCUACUCAACAAAUAAGGCGAUAUGUGUUCGAACUGACAACUUUAAUCUGAAGCAAAAUUCACUGAAUAUGUAAACAUGUAAACUAUUCUAUAUUAAAAGUGUUUAUAAAUGUAUCUAAAAAUUUGUUUAAAUUAAAGUAAUUUUAA